CACCUCUGCAAGGGAGCCUCGUCGCAGGUCGAGUGAUGGAUGGGUGAAAGGAAAGAUGGCGGAGAAGACGCAGAAGAGUGUGAAGAUUGCGCCUGGAGCUGUUGUUUGUGUGGAAAGCGAAAUUAAAGGAGAUGUGACUAUUGGACCUAGGACAGUGGUUCACCCCAAAGCUCGAAUCAUUGCAGAAGCUGGACCAAUCGUGAUUGGGGAAGGUAAUCUCAUAGAAGAACAGGCAAUUAUAAUUAAUGGCUAUCCUGAAAAUAUGAUUCCUAAUACAGAGGAAGUAGGAACCAAACCGAUGGUCAUUGGCACUAAUAAUGUGUUUGAAGUUGGCUGUUAUUCUCAAGCCAUGAAAAUAGGAGAUAACAAUGUAAUUGAGUCAAAAGCAUUUGUUGGUAAAAAUGUGAUCCUAACCAGUGGCUGCAUUAUCGGUGCCUGCUGCAAUGUCAACACGUACGAAGUCAUCCCUGAGAACACUGUCAUCUACGGAGCAGACUGUCUUCGUCGAGUGCAAAUUGAACGGCCACAGCCACAAACAUUACAGCUGGACUUUCUCAUGAAAAUCCUCCCAAACUAUCAUCAUCUCAAAAAGAUGAUGAAAGCAACAUCAACACCUGUGAAGAGCUGAAAGCUUUCCUGGAUCAUGGUCAAAAUUAUAUCGGAGAUGUACUACUUGCUUUCUGGACUUUGUGUUUGCAAGAGCUUUUUUUUUUUUUUUGCUUAGUCUGGAAAUCUUGUCAUGCAGCUUAAUUUUAUUUAUUAAAAUAUAAAAAAUAAAAAAUGCGCCAUUGUCACAU